AUGGCCUUGAGGACGAUUUUGAUUUCGGCCCAACUCUGGCUGGCGGUGCGUGCGGAGGCGCUUUGCGCCGACGGCGACUCCGCUUGUGCCGCCCAUGCUGGCUCCUUGAUCCAGCAUCAUGCCCGUGACUCCAAGAUGAGAAACGGCCUCGAUGGCAUGCUCACCGGCGACCACGGUCUGGAGGAGACACCCGGAGGUGCGAAGUGGACCGAGGAGGAGGCACUUGUGGUACUUUCCAAGCUGAUGUCUCUCUUUGGGAAGUGGCCGUUCGAAGGGUGGGUUCGUGAUGAGAAGGGCAAGGACGUGAGGGCGACUAUUGAAUGCUUUACCGACGGCCCUGAUGCCAAUGAUACCCAUCACCAAACUGUGCCAUGCACCUACUGGCGAAACGGCUUCUCAGACCAAGGGGUCGUUCCCAAAUGGCCCAUGCUGCUGCGCUUUGGCUUCCACAGCUGCAUGAAGUACAAAGAUGGCACGGGCGGCUGCAACGGGCGUCUCCAGCUCGGCGGGGCCUUCCGGCGCCUCGGCUAUGCCCCCAGCCACCGCUUCCAGUGCACUGGCCCUGGAAAGGAGAGCCGCCGGAGGGGAGUGGCGCCCAAGUGCCAUCCCAAGGAGGGUGCCGUCGAGAACUCGCCGGGUCACAAUGCCAACAUGGCUCUCUUGGCGGACUCCUUGGAGAGGCUCUACACCUUUAAAGACUGGCCACCUAUGGCGCCUUCACUCAACAAGUCCUUGAAAGAGUCCGGAAAGUCGAGAGCGGACUUGUGGGCUUUCGGCACGAUUGCGAGUGCCUGGAUUGGCAUGCGCCAGAACAACGAAGCCUGCCAGAAGGGAGAGGCUUUGUAUGCCCAGUGGCCCGUGCUGCCCUGCAACAUCACCAUGCCCGACUUCACGUUCUUCUCUGGCCGCCGUGACUCAGCAGAGCCGGUCCCGCAGCCGCAGUGUGCCUCUUCCUGCAAUGCCACGGGGCGUCUCUACGCACCCUACCCAGUCUGCAAGCCAGGUGGCCGGCCAUGCAGCUACGACGAGGUCUGCAAGCGUCCCGAAUGCCAUGAUUGCGACGUCUGCAAGCCGGCCUUCGAUGGGAACCACAUGCCCCGGCCUUACGAGUCGCUGGUUCCCGAAGCCUUCCCCGGAACCACCUUCAACGGGCAGCAAGUUGCGGACUACUUCGAUCAGAACUUCGACUUCUCCAAGCGCGAGGCGAUUGCCAUCAUGGGUGCCCAUAGCUUCGGCGCGGUGCAUGUUCAGGUAAGUGCCUUCCGUUAUGACUGGACCCACAUGCAGCAAGAACAGCUGAAUGCAGUGUACUACAGGAUCAUUGGCAGCAUGGAUGCCAAGCAUUUCGAGAGGUGGGGUCGAAAGGGGGCUUAUCCUUACCCUCCAACGGCCAUUGGGGGUCCUAACGGCUCGGCCCCACGUACAUUCUUCUUCAUGCACCAGGAUGGCAAGGAUGUCGCUGGCGGCCAUUUCCAGUAUUUUCAUGUCUACGAGCGCUGCCCGUACUGCACAACUGAUGGGAUCUUGCUGGAAGGUACCAGCCUUCCAUGGGUGGGGCUAGGCCGCAAAAACCAGACGGUCGAGCCCUGUGCGCUGGAAGGGAACAAGAGCAAGACCGUCAUGCACUGCAUCCGCCGCGAUCCAUGCUGCGACUUGUGCAGGAAGGCAACUCGCGUGACCUACCUCGGAGAAAAUCCGCUGAUCCGGGAUCGGCCGAUGUACGACAUUCAAGGCUUGACCGCGGAGGAGAAGGACAUCUUCGAGCGAGGAAGGUGCUUCCAGAAUUUCUCCGAGCAUGAGACCAUGCUUGUGUCUGACCUGGCUUUGCACAGGGAUAUUCGAGUGAACGAGCUUGGCACCCCAUUGAACUGCCAGAGCAACCACGCCUUCGGCAUGGACAGCAAGUGCCCGCGCAACAUGCUGGCUGAUGAAGGGGAUAAGCCAAUGUCUGCGAUUGUUGAGGAAUAUGCCAACGAUCAGAAUCUUUGGGCUGAGCAUUUCAAGGACGCCCUGCAUCGCAUGCUGGCCAACGGCGUUCCUGAAGGUCAACUUGUGGAGAAUUUCAAAUUUAAGGGCAUUUCGUGCUCUCAUCCAUUCUUGCCUGGUGGAGCCCACCACAAGUACGUCUGCAGGCGCACCUAG